UAAUACCUGAGAAUAAUUCAUACUCCAUUCAAUGCUCCACUUCCAAGGAUACCAUCAAAAAAGGAAAAAAGAAAAAAGUGACACAAUUGAAAAGUAUGACGAUGUCGUAGUCUCCAAGACUCUAUACAAAAUUCCAAGUGUCCUUGGAACACCGAAUGCGCUCCACUCGAUUCUAACCCUCGGAUACCGGAUCGACGAGCAUAUCAAGAUGCAUACCUCCUGCUCGUGCACGAAGUUUGGUCGCAUGAGGAAAGCAGAGCGGAACCCUAUUCGAUUCGCGGCACCCGAUAACUUUCCUGGAUUGUCACACCAAGAAGAUCGUGGUCAUGCAACGAAUGUGAUCUUGGUGUCUACUCUAAUUUGCUCCAGAGAAUGUAACAGAACGCUUUGCCAGUUGCAGUAUGCGGGAAACCUUGUCCAGGCACUGCAAUUUGAGAGGGGCCCGGAUGUAAUUUCCAGGAUCUACUGCGCCAUCUUGAUUUCGAGGUGGGGUCUUGAAGGAUCUCAGCUUAUGUCGUCACGCCCUUUUUCCUCCAUAAAGGCAUCAUUGCCGACCUUUUUCCGCGGCUAUUCGGCCCUUCCCCUCAUAACCUGGGGGUUUUGAGGGGUUAAAUCCCCCCAUUAAGUAUAUAGCAAGUUGGAGCUGGUUAGAGUAUCUGACAUAGCACAUACAAAUCGUCAGCAAAAUUUUAGUAAUCAGGCACGGAGACCGGCUAUUCUAUCCUGCAGCGAUGUUGGACUUCAUUGAAGCACUAAGACUGUUCGUUUAAGUCGAAUUGAAAAGCAUCUGGCCUGAUUAUUCGCAAACCCGCGGAGGCCGGAACCCAACGCAGGUCGGAGAUGGAACUUAGGGCUGCAGACAAUAUCUUGGUUGAAUCUUACACAAUAGGUUUUCAUUGAAAUCCAGUCUGUGAUCCCCUUUGCUUCCACAGCAUUUCCGUUUCACUCGAGCAAAUCAUAGGUUUCUAGUGUAUUGGACCCACUCUGCAAAUUCAUG